ACCUGAGCCGAAGUUGGACGCUUAACUGACCAAGCCACCCAGGUGCCCCUGUUUUUCUCCAUUCUUAAUAAAAACUUCUAAACUUCCAAAAACCAAAAUACAACUUCAAAAUAGAGUAUUGCGUGACUUACAAGUUAAAUAAGUGAAUAUCUUGUAUAAGUUGGCUUUCAAAGUGGCGUAUAUUUACUGGAGAGGUCUGGAAGGAAGACCGUGUUGAGCUGGGUGUGGGCUGAGGGGAGGUGGAAGCCAGCCCCACUGGGGGGCAUUCUUCCCAGUCGGGACUGAACUCCUUGGACAUCCAGAAAUUUAAUCCAGUAAGCUACGUUACUAGAGAUGGAAAUACAGAAAGGAGGGUAACGGUGGAUCGGUUGCAGGGACAAAGGCUAUCGGCGGUCAGGGGGCUAGGCAGUCGGACUGGCCGUGUUCUGUGAGGCCAGACCCAGGAGCGCCCGGGAGCCACGCGGCCUGCCUGCCAGCCCCAGAGUCCCAUGUGCACCCGGACGCUGCAGGGCCCAGGCACCAGGGCACGGACGCUCCUGUGACUAUCAGGGGCACGGGCUCUGAGCUCGAGCAGGUCUCGGUUAAAAUCUUGGAGACCACACUGCACUUGAAAAAUGAGAUGUCUUGGGCCUGGGGGGCUCAGCCGGGUAAGCGACCGACUCUUGAUUUCUGCUCAGGUCAUGAUCUCAGUUCAUGAGCUUCAGCCCUGUAUUGGGCUCCAUGCUGACAGCGCUGAGCCUGGGAUUCUAAACAAACAAACAAACAAACAAACAAACACACAAACAUAAAAAAGGAAACUGAGAUGUCUUGAAGUUGUGUGGAAAACGUACGUCGGGCAUGAUACGGGUUUAGGAACAGUUCUGACACCCUGGGGAAUGCCUGUGUUUGAUUUGAAAGUUACCCCUCCGAGGACCAUCUUGAUUUUCUUACUGGCUUUAGUCAGUCCCUCAUCUGCGAGUUCGUACGUGCAGCAACUGUUCAUGGCACCACUAUUUUGUGCCAGACCCUGUUCUGGGUACCGGGGACACCGCUGUGGACAGAAUGACAUGAUGCUUUAUUUGUUCACACAACUGGUGUUUUAAUCAAUGCUCCAUCCAGUGAACAAUGGUUGCUUCCAACUAAGAAAAAAUCUCACGUUCAUUUUUUUUUAUUAACCCAUCACAAUACUUGCGGGAAAUCGUUGUGAUUCAUACCAAAAGUAGUUCUGGGGUCUCCCAUUUGUGACCCGGCCUGCGCACUAAGCGUCCGUUAGCCGUUUGAAUCUUCUCCUCGUCCUGUGAGACGCACCCAUGUCACAAGGCGGGAGGCGGUGCCGACAGCCUCCCGGACCGCGGUGGGCAUUUUCCGGGUUUGGUUCUGGUUUGUUCUUUGGCCGCCCGGCACGAACUCCCUCUCUGGGAGGCGUCGCCCUGCACGUAUGGCCGGUGGUCUCUCUGGAGCGCGUCCUGCAGCCCGGCCGGACGCCAAGCUGUGGGGCCCUCCUGCUUCUUGACUCUGCACAUGAGGGUGAGGGCAUGUGACCCGGGCCCAACCUACUCACCCGACACUGGAAGACUGGGCGCUGAGGGAAAGAGACCGAGGCCAUGAGAACCAGGAGCCCGGCAGCGGCCGCCUCCCUGCUCAGCUGACGUAUCGUCUGGUGACAGGAGCCAAGGGCCCCAGCAACGGGUCCCUCUUUGGCUUUGGUUUCUACGGCCUGGGGCCCCAGCCUUCCUGGAAAUUCUGAGAUACCAGCUAUUUUUUUCCUAGAGAAAAAAAUUUCUCUUAAAUUAGCCAGAGCUGGAUUUCACAGCUCAAGACACUGACGACUAACACACCUAGAAGGUGGGGAGUCGAUGUUUGAUUCGAGGUCUGUCUGAUACCAAGUCUGUGCCUCUCAACAAGGCGGUCAGCCGUCUGGUCAACAAUGAUUCCUCAACCCAUCCCAUCACACGCAGGGCAGACACUGUCUCAGGGUGGUGGAUUUGUAAACGUCCAGGAUUUGCUAAAACUCCCGUGGAACUGAAUUCAGCCGGGAUCGGGCAAGAAGCAUUCUCUGUAGUGAACUUGAUUCUGUGAUUUAAACCCGUCUCCCUUUGCAUUAUUGGCACACAGAAACUGCCGUUUAAAGUGCCUGGGAAGUCCGCAGGAUCCCCAAGACAUGACCCCUGCUCGAAGGCUACCGACCUCCUGUUUCAUGUGUAUCUUUUUUCCACAGAUACUGUGCUCUCCGUGGUUCUCUACGAUACGGUCUCUCAUGUCCUUUUACUUGUUGACUGGCCUCAAUAUGAUUUCUUUAGGUUGGAACAGCUUGGAUUUAAAUCGAGACUUAACACGAGAAUGAUAGAAGGGAAGCCGACUUUGCUCCCCUGUAAUGAGGAGGAAAAUCGGGAAAAGGAUACACCUAGUGAGAAAUUACCAGCCUGUUUGUCAUGGUUUUUUGAAAGGUCAAGGAUGUUGCCUCGCCCUGGCCUUGCGGUGAAACUUAUUCACGCUGAUGUGUAAAUGACUUAUAAGAACAUAAAUUGCGAAUCCUCUGCAGUGUUUGCACGUUACAACCGAAGACUCCCAGUGGGAACGCAGGGAUUGAUCGCAUUCCUGCAUUAGAAGAGAGGAUGCUGGAACCUUCUAGAAAUACGUAGGUCACCCCCUCUUCUUGAUCUCAGUCUGCUUCCAAAAAUGGAGUUGAGCAACUCUCUGAGUUCUGUAAGUGAGAAUAGCCUCUGUUGACUUGUGUUUCUUUACUGUCUUCUGCUCCCUGGCUGCCUUUGCCUCAAGACCACCAGAAGGACUCAAGCAGUGACCUGGGGAGAACGCAAGCCAAGUGGAAAAGAGUUUCCUCUCUAAUGUGGGCAGCUGCAUGAAGACGUGGGAGAACAGGAAGCCGCAAAUGCAAGUUUUGACCUCUUUUCCUCUCCUCAGACCAAAAGCGACCAGGAGUAUGUGUGGCACAUCCUUUCAUUCAUUUAUAAAACGAACUUGAUUGUGACUUUUGUAUCAUUCAGUCUUCGGGGAGCUUACAACUUGUAAGUCGAAUGAGUCUCGUGGAUCUCUGAUUUGCCUUCUGUUACACAAGAGAAUGCAUUCUCAGGGUGCUCGACAGACAAUGUUCACUCGUGUGACGGACACUCAUCGAGGACCUGGCUUACUCACGAGACCCCACACACGGGCUGCUCCCUUCUGUGCAGGAGAGAAUCUCGGAAGGCAACUGAAUGACAGAGAGAAAGCAAAAUCACUGUGGGAAUAACCUUGAAUCUAGCGCAAGUGGAAGGCAAACCACUUAUACAUUUUCAGGGCUUAACAAGUAUGAGUAAUAAAUUAGUUGCAACAAACUUAAAGAAUGACGUUCAAAUACGAGGUAUGUCACCACUAAAAAUCACUGCUCUGGAUGGCAAGGGCAGUACUGAAUACCUUCUGUGACGGGGAUAUUCUUGGCACUUUUCCUAUAUUUUUUUCAUCCCGUCCCAGACCCCACAAUGCUAUUUGCUCAACGAAUCCAGUGUUUUCCAACUGUAGCGUGCCUCAGAAUCACCCAGGGGCUUGUGGAAACACAGACGGCCAGGCCCCGUUCCCAGACUCUCUGAUUCAGCAAGGUGGCAUUUCCAGCAAGUUUCCGGGUGACAUGGAUGCUACUGGCCCAGGAGCCACACUUUGGGAAUCACCGAUGGAGUCAUCCAUUCAUCCAUUUGUUCAAAGCUUCCAGGUGCCUGGCUCCAAAGCAGAGAGAUGAGUCAAACAUUACUUUGUAGGACCUGAUGUCCCCUGGGCACUCUGCGAAGGGCUUUCUCUUGACCUGGUUUUCUCCUUUGUGACAAUCCAACAAAGUAGAUCUCAUCCCCCCCCCCAUUUUAUAGAUGAAAAUGCCACAGAAAGAGAUUGAGUAACUUGCUCCAAGUCACGUGGACAGGUGUCAGCCUGGGAUUUGGGUCCACGCGUCCUGGAUGCCAAGUGGCCAUCAGACAGCACGCUGCGUGCUGUGCCUCUCCUAGAACGCUGAGCUUACACACAGUACUGUCAAUCUUCCGCAGAUGGAAACAACCAAACCAAAGUUAGAGAGGUUAGACAACAUGCCCAAACUCCCACAGCUAGGAAGUGUCUCAAGAUCGAGUCUCACUUUGAUGCCAAAGUGCUUUCAGCGCCAGGAAACCCAUUUCUCCACGCCAUCUCCAGACCAACAUCUAAAUCAGAGCCGGGAAAGAGAGUACGAGCCCAGGUAACCAGAGUGCACAGAGAACGGGUACUUCUGUCCAGUGUUCGGGUGAGCUAAUAUAGAUCUCAUGCAUCAACUUAUUCAAGAGUUUUCAAACAGCUCAGUCUACUUUCCAGCCUAAGUCAGCACCGUAUAAUGUAACGUUUCCUUGAUGAUUCAGGAUCCCACAUGCCCAGAACCGUCAUCACGAACAGAGUUCGUUACUGAGAAAUGUGGAUGCAGUAGAGGCAGGUGACUGGAUCGAGUUUUGAGGGGCGGGGGGCAGGAUUACUGAGGACAAAUUAAACUGUGUUCGAAUCACUGACUUCUUCUGUCAUCAGAGUGGAAAAAGGCCCCCCUCACUGAGGCCCAUCAAAUGUUUCCAUUGAGUUGGGUUAAAAUUAAUCCAGUUUACCCCAAUUUAUGUAAGCAGCUGACGAACUUCACUCAAUCCGACUGUCUUUCUCCUUUCGCGACUCGGUAAAUCACAAAGAACGAGGCUUUCCCCGACUGCCGAGUCCCGGUGUGUUACCCCAUCAUCAGGGAGAGAAAUGAGCUCUAUAAUUACCUUUUGAGACAUGAGUCAUCCUCGCUCCGAGGGCCCAGACCCGGUGGACGCUAUAAAAGCCGCUCAGGGUCGAAGUGCAAAAGCGCAGUCUGCCUUCCCCGGGACUGAUAUAACUGCCGAGCCACCCCAAGGAGAUGAAGGUGCUCCCCGCGUCUGGCCUUGCUGUGCUCCUCAUCACGGCUCUGAAGUUCUCCACCGCAGCCCCCUCCCCACCUGCAGCCAGCCCCAGGACCUCAAGAAACAACUACCACCUGGCACAGGCCUAUCUUGACAAGUAUUACACCAGGAAGGGAGGCCACCAGCUCGGUGAGAUGGCCGCGCGAGGAGCCAGUUCCCUGGUCAAGAAGAUCAAGGAGCUGCAAGCCUUCUUCGGCCUCCGAGUCACGGGCAAGUUGGACCGGUCCACGAUGGACGUGAUCAAGAGGCCCCGCUGCGGAGUUCCCGACGUGGCAAACUACCGCCUCUUCCCAGGUGAACCCAAGUGGAAAAAAAAUACUUUGACCUACAGGAUAUCCAAGUACACACCAUCCAUGGCGGCCGCUGACGUGGACAAGGCAGUGGAGAUGGCCUUGCAGGCCUGGGGCAGCGCUGUCCCCCUAACCUUCGUCAGGGUGACUUCGGGAGAAGCGGACAUCAUGAUAUCUUUCGAAAGUGGAGACCACGGGGACUCCUAUCCGUUCGAUGGGCCUCGAGGGACCCUAGCCCAUGCAUUUGCACCUGGAGAAGGUCUGGGAGGGGACACGCAUUUCGACAAUGCCGAGAAGUGGACUAUGGGAAUGAAUGGUUUCAACUUAUUCACCGUAGCUGCUCACGAAUUUGGCCACGCACUGGGCCUGGCGCAUUCCACAGACCCAUCGGCACUGAUGUACCCGACCUAUAAGUACCAGCAUCCCUACGGAUUCCACCUGCCCAAGGAUGAUGUGAAAGGGAUCCAGGCACUGUACGGACCCCGGAAAACAUUCCCGGGAAAGCCCACCGUGCCGCACGCCCCACCUCAAAGUCCAUCCACCCCCGACCUCUGUGACUCCAGCUCGUCCUUUGAUGCCGUGACGAUGCUUGGGAAGGAGCUCCUGUUCUUCAGGGACCGGAUUUUCUGGCGUCGUCAGGUGCACAUGAUGGCAGGGAUCCGGCCCAGCACCAUUACCAGCUCCUUCCCCCAGCUUAUGUCCAAUGUGGACGCAGCUUAUGAAGUGGCCGAGAGGGGCACCGCCUACUUCUUCAAAGGCCCCCACUACUGGGUAACAAGAGGAUUCCAGAUGCAAGGUCCUCCUCGCACUAUUUAUGACUUUGGCUUCCCAAGGUAUGUACAGCGAAUAGAUGCUGCCGUCUACCUCAAGGAUGUGCAGAAGACCCUUUUCUUUGUCGGAGACGAAUACUACAGCUAUGACGAACGAAAAGGGAAAAUGGAAAAAGACUACCCAAAGAAUACUGAAGAGGAAUUUUCAGGAGUUAAUGGCCAGAUAGAUGCUGCUGUGGAAUUAAAUGGCUACAUUUACUUCUUUUCAGGACCCAAAGCGUACAAGUAUGACACAGAGAAAGAAGAUGUGGUCAGUGUGCUGAAAUCUAGCUCCUGGAUUGGCUGCUAGACAGGAAGGUUUCGUGUUUUCUAGGGAACGAACGCGAGCACAAGCAGCUGGUCCCCGGACGUAAGGACCAAGGCAGAAUGUAGGAUGGGGGUUCUUCCCGUGGCCUUCAGUCCUAAGGGCAAUUUCCAGUUCAUCAAAAAUAAUUACACUUCUACAUUUCUUCACGGUUGUGAAUUCAUAAUUGUAAUCAAAAUGGGAGAUUUCUAUAGAUGGUCAACUUCACAUAAAAUCGGAAUCAACACAAUGCUCUCCUCUGCGAGACACCCACUGCUGUUGUUUCUUACCCAACACACUGAAGCAAAUUGAGAAAUUUGGGUUUUUAUUUCUGAGAAGAAGUCUAUUUGUGGAUUCCCUGACAUGUAUUAUAAUUCUUUUAAAAGGACAUGUCAUUGCCGUGCAAAUUUUAACUACUCUUCACAGUAGUGGCUUUUGCUACCUUUACAUGUGUUGUGACGAGUAUAAAUUUGUCCCUCUGUGCUUUGAACAUCUCACAAACAAAAUACCAUAUAAGUUUUAUUUCUCGUUUGUUUGUCUAACUGUGCUCACUGUCUUUGAAGCAGGUCGCGGUGGGCAAGCCCACUCAAAUGAAAUUUCGGACUAGGCAAGAGAGGGAAACUUUGCAACAGGAAAACUUUUAACAACAGCCAAUAAAAAUGCUGUAUGAGAACCGUCGCUCAUUUCUCUCCUCAGUCAGUAUCUACUAGCUUCUAUCACACAUUCUUUGGCAACAGACUCCACGAACCUAGAGAAAACUCAAAACUGGAGAUAGUUCACACGCAGACACAGGAGAAAUGGCAGAUAUUCAGUCCAUUUCCUGCCUCCUGACAAUAAAACACCUAUAGUGACACUGUCUCUAACCACGCAUGUGAGUCUCUUCAGAGUAGUUUUCCAUGUAGGGGAGUUGGUCUGUUUAGUUUUUCUUACUUCAAGUUAAACCUUUUCUCUUUCUUACCUGCUCAUCAGUACAGAAAAAAACACAGUGUUUGUCAUUCUUGUGAUUUUUUUUUAAUCUG